CAACUGGAGAUGUUUCUUUUUACUACAUUGGGAGCAGUGGUACACGUCAAGUCACUUUCACUUUACAUCUGUGCCGCGAAAUGUUUCAAAAAGUGGUGGGGACAAUACUGACCCUGGCAAAAAAUGGUGGGAACACGUCCUACCUGUCCCACCUACAAAUUACGCCUAUGCAUGUUGCCCAGAUCAGCCCUCUGUUACAUUGAAUACAGCUGUACAUGUGGUCUCAUGACGUACAUUCAUCUUCGUAGAACUGACUGCGCAAGUAUUAGAUGGUUUCCUGUGGUUUAAUGUGUAACUUCCUAAUUCACCUAUUGCGUGAGUCUCGUCUCUUUUCUAACUCUUGCUGUAAUGGAGUUGAUCAUCUUUAUUGCUUUUCUUCUCCUUAUGGAGGUUCAGUCUUACAAAUCUCCUGCUCUAAAAGUAUCUCCAGAUGUCAUAAGUUCACUUCAGAAACCCAUAAUCAGUUAUAAUAGCGAUGAUGUCCAGCCCAUCAUAUCAUGUGAAAUAUCACUUCCAGUCAGAGCUGAUUUCACCUGUAGUCUCUACACUGAGGAUGAUCUUCUGCACUCUCAGAAGAGACAGUCUGGAGAACGUCUUUGUAUGUUUUAUGUAACUCCUGGUGAACUCUUGACACGAAUAGUGAACAGACAGCUGAGCUGUGAUUAUUCACUCAACACUGAACCUGAGAUCAGAUCACCGCGCAGUGAAACAUACACCAUCAGAGCAGGAAAAUCAAGUCUUACAGUCAUGACAACAGCCAUGACAACCUACUCACUUUCCAAGUCAAACCUGCCAACCAGCACAACAAAGGAAACCACAUAUCUUACUCAGGCCAAGUUAACAGCAUCUGCUUCAGUUAUUAAGGAAACAGACACAGUUCAGCUGAGCUGUGAGAAUACUGAAGAUCUGAAGAUAGAGAUGUGUUACUUUAACAUAAAUGGAAGAGACAGUAACUCAAAACUGAACUCAUCAUGUCAGCUCUCUCUCAAUGGAUCUGAAAUCAGUAUUUGGUCAGGAGGUCAGAGUUCAUCUGUGAGAAUAACCUGCUUCUACACUGUGAAGAAGUCACAAGUUCUCGUACCAUCUCCUCACUCUGAUCCAGUGACAGUGACAGUCCAAACACCAGAUGCACAUCAUGUUACGACAGCCAAGAAAACCUCUUUACCUUUAUUGUCCACUUCUGAAACAUACAGUUCAGCUGUAGUAGACAGCCAUUCCAAGUCAAACCUGCCAACCACAUCAGAGGAAACCAUAUUUUCAACACCAGCUACCAAUGCACAUGUGACAACAGCCAUGACAACCUACUCACUUUCCAAGUCAAACCUGCCAACCAGCACAACGAAGGAAACCACAUUUUCAACAACGUCCACACAAAAAACGUCACAAAGGGACACAAAAAUAUCAAUAAUGGCUGCUGUUUCCACUACUAAAACCCCAGAAUCCACCAGAACUGACACAUGGUUUAUAGCUCUGGUUUCAACUGGUGCUGGUGUCAUUUUGACUGGACUCAUCUGUCUGUGCUGCUUUGCAUGUAAAAAAAGAAGACGAAAAAACAAUAAAAUGAGAUCAAUAAGAUCAGAUGUGCCCAGUCAAGAAAUUGGUAUGAGUUCUGGACCUGCAGAGACAUAUUCUCUGAUCACUUCUGUACCAGCCACAUCUCAGCCCAUAUCUGUGGGCCUCGAACACCCAGAUUCCCAUCAGGACAACACACCAGAUCCCACAGCAACUUACUCUUUCGUUAUGUCUGAUAAUUCAAUGUACCAGCCCUCAGAUGUUUUGGUCAAUAAACAACAGAAAGAGGAAAAUACAAAGGAAAAUGAGAAUGUUUACCACCUGUACUGCACGAUUCCUGACAAACCAGUUCACUCAAACGCAGCAGAUCAAGUCUACAGUUUGGUGAAGAUGCAAUGAUGAGUCUCUGUUGUUUCAUUAUGUACAGUAUAUCCAUUAUAAAGUUUCUUUACUUGAAGCAAAA